AUGGCCGCAGACGUUGAAUCAAAACUCAUCAAAUUUAUGAGAGAAGGUAAAUUUGCUUUGCAGAUUGAUGACUCAACUGUGAUAGAUAACAAAGCUAUUGUAUUAGCUUACGUGAGAUUCAUAAAUGAGAAUGUAAGUGCUUGUGCGACAGAUGGUGCUCCUGCCAUGUCUGGUCGUCAUACUGGGCUUCUAGCGCACCUUAAAAAAGAAGUACCGGCGGUCAUCACCAUUCAUUGUGUCAUUCAUUGUCAACAUUUUUCUGCAAAACAGUUGAGUGGUGCCCUGCAUGACACUUUACAAUUCGUUAUUUCUGGCAUCAAUAAAAUCAAAGCUGAUUCUCUCAAUGGCCGUUUGUUCCGAGAACUUUGCCGUGAAAAUGAUGAAGCUCCUACAUACAGAUGUGAGAUGGCUUUCAAAUGGAAACUGUUUGCAUCGUUUUUUCGAAUCGUUUGA